GUGUGGGCGUGACCGGGCGCGGUCGGGCGCCACAGAGUCAGCCGUUGAGGGGCAGUUAGCGGCGUUGCUCUAGAGAUUGUUGAGAUGUUUCAAAGUCCUCCAGAAGGAUCUCAAGGACUCGAGCCCCAACCCAAAGAGCCGGCCAUGAUACUGGAUCAGAGGUUCCCCUGGAUGUGGGUCCUGGGCCUGGGCCUUCUGGCCACAGGAGCCUCUCCGGAGCAGAUCUACACCCCACCCGUCACGGAUCCCAACUUUAUUGAGGAGUGUGUCAGCAUUCACAAUGAGCUGCGGGAGCAUGUCUCCCCCGAGGGGGCCGACCUGAAAUACGUGACUUGGGAUACCGCUUUAGCAAAGACUGCUAGAGCAUGGUCAAAGAGAUGUAUUUUCCGACAUAAUAGUUACAUAGGCAAGAAACAUGCAUGCCAUCCUUAUUUUAAAAAUGUAGGAGAAAAUUUAUGGAUGGGUGACCUAACCAAAUAUGUUCCCAAGAUGGCUGUUACUGCUUGGUACAAUGAAGGCAAACAUUUUGAUAUAGGCAACAAUGCAUGUUCAGGAGUCUGUGGCCAUUUCACACAGGUUGUUUGGGCCGAAACCUAUAAAAUUGGCUGUGCUCUUAGGCUGUGUCCUAAUUUAGGAAAAGAUAUUGCAAUAUUUGUAUGCAAUUAUGCUCCUCCAGGAAACUUGGUUGGAAGGAAACCUUAUACGCAAGGAAACUCAUGCACUGGUUGUGCGAAAGGAGAUAUUUGUGAAAAUAGGCAAUGCAGAAAUUCAACACGUGAAGAAAUCUCAAGUUACCCAUAUUGGAAUCCAAGUUGGGAAUUUCCUCGGCGGAUUAACUGUAAUCUAUUCUGUCAAACUUAUGUGAUAAUUAGAUUGGUAGGGUUGGCAGGAUCAGUUUUAUGUGUUUUUGUUCUACAAAUAAUAUAUCCAGGCAUGCAUUUAGAGCCUAAUUUAUGAUUAAGGCUGAGCUACCAGCAAUCUAAUUCUUUACUAAAUCUCCACGCCUGAAAUGUCUCUUCCUUUUGAAUUAAAAGCAGGCCAGAGGAGAUGGUGUAGAGGAAAAAAAAAGGACUAGUGGAAUCGGGUAGUAAGGUUGAUAAUAAAGCAACUUUUAUGAACUUGACAUAUAUGUGAAAAGAUUGUCAUAUUCCUGUUUCCUAAGAGAAUUUAAGUGCCAUUGCAUUAAAGAUUAAGUGGUUGUCAACUAUAAAACGAAUGAAUUGAUGUAUUUUGCUUUGGCUGCAAAACUUGCCUUUAAGAAUAAAUAUCAACACCAUAAUUCACAAUAUGGGUAUUUUCAGUUAGAUGAGUGACAUAGGGCUCACCCAUCAUAUGUAUGUAAACAUUUUAAAAUAAUAUUAAAAUAGUAAAUGUUAAGUCUGUUACAGCAAUUUGCAAUUCUUGGAUAAGAAUUUUAAAAUGGCAUUUCGGAUUCAGUUCAUUGAAGUGGAAAUCUCCAAGAUAUCUAUAAGUAAAUGCAGGCUUCAAAACUCCAAAUCACAUUUUAGAACAAACCAGCAAAAAUUGCAUUAUUCUGACCAAUUUAAGAUACUAGUGUGAACAUUUGAAAUCUUUUUAAGCUUACAAGACAAAUGGGAGUAAUGAAUGACCCUUUAAGGCUCUGACAUAAACAAUGCCAUUAUCUCUAAAAAAAAGUCCAAAUACUUAAUUUAGCAUUUUCCUUCAUUGUGACAAAAUAAUUGGUUUUCAAAAUUCCAUUGUUGCAUACAUUGUUGCAUACUAAAUUGACACAAUUUUUGUCAUUCUUUAACCAAAAUUGUUAAAAAAAAAAAGGAGUUUGUAAAAUGAAUUGUUGUAAAACAAAUAAUCUUUUCUUAUUAUCUUCUAUUAUAAUGUUAGAAAUACAUUGCUGAGAGGGGUAAGGGAGGGAGUAGCUUCCCUGUUAUGUAUUUCAGCCCAAAUACCAGCAUCUCUCAGCUAGCAAGUGCCUAUAUUGCCUCUGGAUUAGUGGUUAUUUCUACACAAUACAAAUAUUGAUAUUAAAGUAAAAACUGUCAAUCUGCAAGGUCUGUGUUUCUAAGCAUCUGGAUAUUUCCAUGUAUCUGAAUAAUUUAUAUUACAUAAGCAAUAUUUCUUUAAUAUGUUUUUCUUUUUCUUUUGAAUCUGGAGUUUGGGCAUAGUGUAGGUUUAAGCCCUUUCAUUAUUAAAAACUGAGUUAACACUGGCUCCUAUUAGAUAAGAGAAAGCCAGAUUCAUGUAUGAAUUCAACACAAUGUCAGAAUUAUUACUUUUCUACCUGUCUGCUCUCUAUUUGCCAUUUUAUUUGUUGUCAUGCUAUCUUAAUAAACUUUUGUUUAAAAUUAAA